AUGCAGCCUAAGGAAAGACAUGAAUUCACGAUUGCAAUCAUAUACGCGCUCACCUUGGGAGCCCUCUAUGGAGGCCAUACUGUCCUCUUGCAGGGUCCACCUGGUAUUGGGAAAUCUUCACUGGUAGUCAAAUACGUUGAAGAGUUUUGCGAUAAAUACGAUUCCAUAUUCUGGCUCGAUGCCUCCCAUCCAUUUCUUCUGGCAUCCAGUUUCUUGAGCACAAGAGAAAAAAAAUCGAGAAGUCCCUCUACGGAUCUGAUUGAAAUGGCUCACACUGGUCAUUUUUCUCUCAAAAGCCUUCAUAAACGCUACUCUGAAGAAGAUCAGUCUGACGAAGUUUGGAAAGCCUGCGCAGCCAGUAAAGAUGUCAAGGGCGUUCAGAGCUGGCUCAACAGGAGAAAGAGAUGGCUGUUGAUAUUCGACAACUAUCGCUCACCGGUGAAUCUCAGUAUCAACGAAGGAGGGCCAAUGAUUGAAUUUUUUUUUCCCUAUGGCACGACAGGGUUCUAUAGUGAUAACAACGCAGUCGCCUUUUACGGAAUGGCCCUUGAUUCCACUUCGAAUGAUGAAGCAAGAUGGGGAAGCGAUCAAAAUUUUAUCUCAGACAUCGCAGCGCCAGGAUCUCUCUUUAGGUCUCGUCAUAUUACCAAAAGGAUGUGUUAA